GCAGAAAUAUCUAAAUAAACAGCUCCCUUCUUUUUUCUUUAUUUGCUCCUAAAUAAACAGUUCUGAUUUUCCAAAAUUCGUGGCUCUGCUCUGGGUCUCAAAUUUCGAAGCUUUGGUAGGCUUAGGUUUCUUGCUUAUAGCACAGUGCACAAGUUAAACCAGCCUUGAAAAAGCUGCGAUUUGCUCACUCUCAAAAUCCCUCCUCUAUCUAUAAAACUCUACCCGUCGCUCACAAUAGUUCCUCGCACUUUGUUUGCUAUCCAUCUUAUCAUCUUCUCUACCACGCAUAUAUACCUGUUAUUAUACUCUCUCUCAAAUGGGUGAGGAGCUAUCACCUACGUUGGUUGUGAGAGAGUUCGACCUGAAUAAAGACCGAGAGAGAGUAGAAACCGUUGAAAGGUCAUGCGAAGUUGGACCCAGCGGCAAGCUUUCUCUCUUCACCGACAUGCUCGGCGACCCAAUUUGCAGGGUCCGCCAUUCACCUGCUUUUCUCAUGCUGGUAGCGGAGAUUGGCGAAGAGAUAGUAGGAAUGAUAAGAGGUUGCAUAAAAACUGUCACAUGCGGGAAAAGAUUGUCCAGAAAUGGAAAAUACAACAACACUAAUGUGAAACAUGUCCCAGUGUACACCAGAGUCGCAUAUAUACUAGGCCUUCGCGUUGCUCCCAACCAACGUAGAAUGGGAAUAGGGUUGAAACUAGUGCAUAGAAUGGAGUCUUGGUUCAGAGAUAACGAUGCGGAGUAUUCUUACAUGGCAACGGAAAGAGACAAUUUAGCAUCCAUUAAACUCUUCACCGACAAAUGCGGGUAUUCAAAAUUUCGUAAUCCGUCCAUUCUUGUCAACCCAGUUUUUGCUCACCGAGCAAGGGUGUCUCCAAGGGUCACAAUCAUAAGUCUUUCUCCCUCAGACGCCGAGUUUGUCUACCGUCGCCAUUUUGCCACAACAGAAUAUUUCCCGCGCGACAUUGACUCAAUUCUGAACAACAAACUAAAUUUGGGAACAUUUUUGGCGCUCCCAAAUGGGUCCUACAGUGCCGAGACGUGGCCCGGCCCGGAUCUUUUUCUGUCGGACCCACCGCACUCCUGGGCCAUGGUCAGUGUGUGGAACACUAAGGAAGUGUUCACGCUCGAGGUGCGUGGUGCGUCGCGCUUGAAACGCACACUUGCAAAGACGUCCCGGUUGGUGGACCGGGCCUUGCCGUGGCUGCGGUUACCGUCGAUGCCGGACUUGUUUAGGCCGUUUGGGUUUCAGUUCAUGUACGGGCUGGGAGGCGAAGGCCCAGAGGGUGUGAAGAUGGUGAAGGCCCUGUGUGGGUUCGUGCACAACCUCGCUAUGGAAAAAGGGUGUAGUGUGGUGGCCACGGAAGUGUCCUCAAACGAGCCCUUAAGGUUCGGAAUACCCCACUGGAAGAUGCUGUCGUGUGAAGAUUUAUGGUGUAUGAAGCGGUUGGGCGAGGAUUACAGUGACGGUUCCGUUGGUGACUGGACCAAAUCUCAGCCCGGCAUGUCCAUUUUUGUUGACCCGAGAGAGGUCUAACAAGUCAACGUCCACCUUGCCUUUUUGGUUCUUUUGUCUUUUUCUCUUUCUUUCUUUCUCAUUCUGUAAGUAUUUUCUCAAAAUAUAUUAUCUAGUUAGGGUAGCGACUUGGAGGUGGGAAUGGAGAGAAUGAGGAAUAUGUGCAUUUAUUUUUAUUUUGCUAAGUUGAAGGAAUAUCCAUAUAUCCAUAUCCCCUCACCUUUUGUUGUUACGAAUUAGCUUUUUCGUAAAUGGACUUGGCUUUUCAUAUCCCUUUCCACCCAAACGCAACCGACGUUUCCAGUGUUAUUUACCUA